CUUUUGACUGGCAUGGACGCAAUGACCGACAACACGGCAUACGAUCAAGUGUGCGAGGAAGCGAGUGCCGCAGCUGAGAUGCGGCUGCUGGAGCACUUCAAGCAACAUGGCGGAGAGGUCUGGAGUAUCGGUGCAGGCUGCCAGAACUGCCGUCAGAAACUGGAGGACGUAAGCGGCCUCAAGCGCUGCUCCAACUGUGAUGUAGCUCUAUUUUGCGACCGCGAGUGCCUGCUCAAGGCCUGGCCACAGCACAAGGCCGAAUGCUGCGUUAUUGCGACCUUCCAGCGUCUAUACAAGACCAGCACCCCCAACUCCAAACUUGCGUCGCUGCUCGAGACACUGACAUUUUCUCCAAGUCCCAAGAAGGCGGACGAGCCCAAGACGGCGGGUGUUGCGAGCUCGAUUGGCAUGAACAGCCAGGAAUUACCUGGUUGGUUCUUCACUGUGGACGUCGAAGCAGCACCGAAGGAGCGACAGAAGGCCAUGUACCAGGCGGCACUGGAGCUGUACGGACUGCUCAAGGACGAAGAGUGCUGGACUCGCGAUAAGGAAAGCUUCCCGCGUUCAAGUUAUACACUUGUGGAGACUCUGCCGCAUACGCUUUCAACUGAGAAACAAUUGCAAAAGGAGUUCAUCGAGAUGAACGGCCAUCUGUUGUUGUUCUCGGCGUGGCUACAGCACCCGGAGCCGCCUGCCACACAAGCCAUGCCCUUAGAAGACCGCACCUUCUUCGGUGUGGUAGAUUCGCUACUUCAGAUCAGUGCCAUUCGCGAUGGCGUGGAUGCCUUUAUGGAUGCGAGAUCCUAGUAACAAGACAAGAAGUUGCGAUUGCAUGCAGUUUCUUGUCCAUUCAAGAAUCAUUUGAAUCUGUUCCUAAGCUGCCACUGCAACCAAGAAAAAAAAAGCAAAGGUAUAGUAUUCAUUCCCUCACGUCGACACCUUGGCGACGCGGUACAGUG